CAUGCUCACAGUGUAAUAGAGACAGUCAGUGUUUGCAGAGCUUUAGAUCUGCUGUCUGGCCUUCAGUGUGAAGCUCCUGCGCGCCUGGUUUACAGCUGUUUACAAUGAAACUCCGGGUACUACUCUUAUUAUCACUUUUACUGCUGGAGAUCCAAAAUGGUGAUAGUCAACAGACCAAGAUUAAGAAAGAUGCCAGUCUCAGACCAGGGCGAAAGCGGGUAAAAGGGCGCAACCCUAAAGUAAAAGAUAAAGAGGUAGGAGGAAAAUUUCAGUCUAUUCUCACUCAGGUUCUGGACAAAGGUCGCUUCCUUCGUCUUGGUGACAGUUUAACCUUGAAUCCUGGAAAACCGUUGGAACUAAGGUGCAAAGGAACCAAGAUUGGCUGGGCAUACCCAUCUUAUUUGGACAUUUUUAAUGAUUCCCGUCUCAGCAUUAUCCAGAAUGAUAAGUUUAGUCAACUGACCCUGACAUCACCCUCUGCUGCUGAUACUGGAGAAUACAGCUGCUGGGUGAUACUCUGUGAUGGUGAUGAGUGUGAGAAGGACACAGAUCGAGUCUCCAGCACCUACAUAUACUUUGCAGACAAAGAUGAACUAUUUGUCCCAUCACCAAUCCACUUUGAGAUUGUGUUCCUGAGGCCUGAUAAACCUGCGACAGUGCCCUGCCGAGUCACAAACCCUAAGGCCACAGUGUCACUACACAGGGAAAUGCCUCCAGAGGAGAUCCAGGCUGAUGGAAGUCUUAUCUCCUACAACCCCACCAAAGGAUUUAUCCUGCACAGCCCAAGCCCCGAGCACAUGGGGGCUUUUUACUGCAAAGCUACGAGCAUCACAAAAACCACACCACAGGUUUCCAAUAAGUACCAACUGCUUUACCUUGAAGUACCUAGUGGUCCUCCAUAUGCAACUAUUCAGGCCUCCUCAAAUGAAGUGGGUGGGGGUGAGAUCUUAAACAUCACCUGCACAGUUCUGGGUGAGCCUGAGAUGGAUGUGAAAUUCAGCUGGACUUAUCCAGGACAGGGCCAGAGGCCUGUGAGUAUUCAGGACUCACUGAGGCUGAUAAACAGAGGGAUGGGCCAAAUCACACGCAUUUCUCAGAGCAUCAUGAUCGUGGAUGAUGUGGAGACCAUUGAUUUUGGCAACUACAUAUGCACAGCCAAAAAUGCGAAUGGAGAGACAUCCGUUGCCACACAAGUAAAAUCAUAUCAUUAAGCCAUUAGAUGGCACUAAACCUGGACUCUCUUUACACUACAGGCAUCUUGCUGCUUAUUUGUGUUGAUGCCUUUGUGGGGAAAAAAGACUUUACUGCAAUGGUAGGAAAAUGCAAGAUGGUGUAAAGUGUGAAUACCUUUUACUGGUUUCAUGCUUUUUUGUAUUAUCUGCUAGUGCUUCAUAUAUUCAUUAUCUGUACCUCAGUAUUAACAUGUUCUUGCAUUGCUGGAAGUGAAAAUAAAAUAAACUGAUUGUGGAA